AUGGAUCAUUUCAUAGAGACAUACUGUACAUGCGAGGCAAAUGAUAAGCAAAAACAUAUUAUAGACCAACAUGUCACGGAUAUUCUGUUCACUACCUUACAACCUAUUUUUAAAAAGCAAGCAUCGAUACAUCCAAGUCUGUCCACCAAGCGAUCUCAAUCGAGGUAUGGAUCGAAGAACAUUGAUAUUCACGAGGAUCAACAAUGGAAAAACGGAUACUAUGUGGAACUCUUGUCGUGGCUACUGAACAAUAUAUCGACACAGCAAUUGCAAGACAAUUUACAUCUAUUGAUACCACCCAUAUUGAUCAUUCUCGAUGAUUAUGAUGUUUCAUACAAAGAACAAGGCAUUUAUAUGCUGCACGCCAUGAUUCAGAAGCUAGAUCCACAAUGCAUCUCGAAAUUCGGCCUAGACAACGUGUUCUUGGAGUCUUUGUUCAAAUGCCUUUCUUAUCUAUCAGAAGAGCGUGAUAUCCCAUUACUGAAAGCAGCCUACCCAUGUAUUCUGGAUUUAAUCGCCACAAAAAGACAAGAUCAAGUCAGGUCCAAUCUGUACGAGCGAGUAUUCAAGGAUGGCAUCAUGGCUGGAUUCUUAUAUGCUGGACAAAAGAUCUCUUUCUUGCCUAUUCUGUUGACACAUAUUCCGCGGCUAUACAAUGCCAUGGGGGCCAUUGGCGUGCAGUAUCUAAAAGCACUGAUACCAGAGCUGUGUGCGGCCUUGUCCAUGACUUUGAGCAACAAUCCAAAAAUCAGAGACAUCCAUCGAUUAGCGGCCCUGUCACUCAUCGCAGUGAUCAAGACAUGCUGGCCUCGCAUACCUCACUACAGAGGCAGCAUCAUGCAAUCAUUGGCAAAGACAUGGACCCACUACUACAAUGCAAAAGAUCAAGACAUGUGUCAAUUAUUAAAACAGGUGUAUCACAUCUUUGAAGCUGCAUGUCAUGGCCAAGAAAAGGCUGAUAGAGAGGCAUUGAUUCAGUUUAAUCCCACUGUAUUCGAAGCCUUAUUUUGUAAAUAA